UCUCUAUAAACUCGAUUAUUGAAAAGCUUUUAUUUGUGCUGAAAAUUAUCCAAUUCAAAUUAAUCGAUUAUUCUUGCACCCCCAGGAACAAAGAAUUUGAUUUAAAAUUAUGAUUCUCAAUCAUGUGGAAAUAACUUCAAUUAACUAGGUCCUCUUGAGUCGGCUUGUUUACUUUUUAUGAUCAAAACUCCCUGCUGAUUGGCUGAAUGAUCGUGGUCUGGUGUCUGGUAAUAAAGGCGCCACGGCUCCGCUCGGCACUCUUCUAAUAAAAGCACACCAGGAGCAGCGCAGACUUUGUAUUCGCGUCAGUGAGUCAGUCAGUAGUCAAUUCAUUAGUAAAUUUGGCGGCUUGGAAAACAACGCCCUCGCAGCCUUCUCUGUUCGAACCUCUUCUCGCAGUCCGCAAAAUGACGUCAACGAGUACGAUCAUCUUCGUUUUAUUCGCGCUUCAAUUUGCAAAUGGGCAAAAUUGCCCUCCCGAAGAGCCGCGGCUCAAACUGCGAAAGGAGCAGGUUAAAGAGCCCAUAAAUGGAACUGGUAUUAUAUACAAAGGAAGAGUCUUCGAGGAAGGAGAAUUUUCUGAGAGCAAAGGGUUUUUCUUUAUUUGCAAGUGUGACGUCAUCCCCUGCAUAAAAACUUGCACUGAUCUUGAAAAAGGAGAAUUUUUUGCGCCGAAAGAAGGUUUCGAAAUUGACGUAGAGCUGGAAGAUGGUACAUCAAAGAGAGUGGAUUUUUACAAGCACUUCUACGCUUACAGCGAAACACGCGAUUGCACUUUGUUUACGCUGCAUGAGAGUGGCUACAAAAUAUUAUCCAAUGGAAGCUUCUUAAUCGAAUCAGUUUUGUUGGAUAAUUCAGAAUUCUGCAUUGCAAUGGAAAAGACUGGAGAGCUGAGCAUAAAAAUGUGCGAAGAAGACCUGGAUCAGGAAGAAAUUGAUAUUUUCUACGAGACGGUUGAAAAUUACAAAACUUUUUCCAUCGAGAUUUCUGUGUCCGCCUGUUUCCUCCUUCUGGCCCUCAUCGCGAUUUUGGUCUCGAGUGAGAGACAAACUAUGCUUGGAAUUCUUUCAAUUUGCUUCUGCACCACUCUGAUAAUAUUCUACUUGAUUUCUGCAAUCGUUAUGUAUUAUAUCGCCGAAGAAUCAGAUGAGGAUAGCCGAUGCACGUCAAUAGCUUUCCUUUUGUUGAUCGUUGGGUUGAGCCCGUACUGCUGGCUAACCUCGAUGUGUUUGGAGUAUUAUUUAGCAGAGAGAGACAGAAAGGUUGUCCGACUUAUUGGAUUUGCUAUUUUCUCGACAAUUGUGCCAUGCGGAUUUUAUUUAAUUGCAUUUGCUGUUGAAUGGAUGGACCACGAAUUUUUGGAAAACUGCAACUUUCACGAUAUUCCGCUGCUUACUCAAUUCCUUGACUGGCCAAGUGGUGUAAUUUGCCUCGCUAACUUUCCUAUUCUUGCAUUUACAAUUUACAAGCAAAGACUGGUUGCAAAAUGGGUUGUAGUCAACGUUUUGCUUACGAUUUUGAUGAUAAUUCCUCCUUUGACGCACCUGUUCUCAACGUGGAUCACAGAAAUUUCUUCUUCGACCAAAGUUUUCGUGUUUCACUUUAAUUGUUUGAGCGGAAUUUUUGUCUUUGUUAUAAUCUUUUUCUUGCUUUUGCCGCAGGGAUGCUGUUCUAAACAUGGCGUGUACCGAACACAACAACAAAGUCAAUGAAUUUUUUAUUUUAUAUAGUUUUAACUGUCAGAAAUAUAAAGACCCCAUUAAUGAAUCUAGUUAAAGGGGUAAAUAUAUACAAUUUUUGCAUUUUUAGCCCAGCAUGUGGUUCUUGCACUCUAAUAUUUGUGUAAUUAUGCAAUAACUCAUCUUUAGCGAGGGAAAAUCAAAUCAGAUUUUGCCAAAUGCUUUUAAAACGGUUUUUGUCAGUAUUUAUUUCGCUUGAUUUAGAUUUCUCCCAUGCGAUCUAACCAAGAGUGUGCGAAUUAGGUGGUAAAACUCCCUAACCUGUGAAAUAAAUCGCGAUUCUUUAAUUGUGAGACAGUGCUCACCGAUUGAUUCUACCUUUCAGUCGAUUUUCUCACAAAUUAAACGGCAAACUGUCUAAUUUAUUACUUUCACACAUUUGAAAUAAAACAAAAGUUGCAAUUAAUGGAAUGAUUUUUUACACUCAAUUUCCUACACGGAUUCUCCAAUUUUUUUUUAGAAAUUUUAAAAAUAACUCAAGAAAAUUAAAAUAAACCACAGCUCAAUGAUCUUCAAUUAACAGAUUCAUAUUCCUGCUUCUUUUAACCAAAACAAAACUUGCUAAUGAUUGGCUGUCUGUGCGUGGUCUAGUUAAAUUCCCGCUUCUAAAUUUUGUCGGCUCGAAAAACAAACCAUCGCCACCGCAGCUUUCUCUCUCGAAACUUCUAGCAGUGUGCAAAAUGUCACCAAGAAGCAGGAUCCUUUUAAUUUGCACUACAUUUUUAUUUACGUUUCAAUUUUCGUGUUGCCAAAAUUUCCAGACUGAAGAGCCACAGCUAAAUCUGCCAAAAAAAGGAGUAAGUUAUGGAGUAAAUUUUUAAAUACUUUUAAAUGCUGCAGUCAUCUCGCAUUGCAUUGCCAGUCAGAAACUCUUGAUGAAAGCUGCACGCCAAUUGGUAAAUUUCCACCUGAAAAAAAAAACAAAUCAAAAGUGAAAUUUCACCACAUAUUUUAGCAUCCAUUAUGUUGAUUGCUGGACUGAUUGUUGGCUAACGUCGAUGUGAUUGGAGUUUUAUUUAACAGGCAGGAAAGAUAGUUUUAAAAGCAUUUAAAACACUCAAAUUAUUUUUUGUAGUGAUAAGAAGAUUUUACGAUUUAUUGGAUUGGCCAUAUUCUCGACCCUUGUGCCAAGAGGAUAAUACUUGCUUGCAUUUUAUCUUCAACACGAAUGUUCGGAAGAUAUAUACAUGUGAUAUUGCGCUGAUAAGUUCCAAGCUGCAUUGGCUGAGUGGUGCGAUGUUAGACGUGUCAAAAUAUUUUAAAAUCAGCAUUAAAGUUAAUUUUGAUUAAUGUUAAUAGAAAUCCUCGCACACUGCGUGAUUAACUGCCCAAGUUGUUCAAGACUAGGUGUCCGAAACUGUCCGAACAUGCUAGUUUAGAGAGACGCCGCUUGAUGGCGUGAUUGCUUUGUAUUUGAUAUUGAAGAAAUGUAAGAGCUAGCAACUCUAACUUAAUUUAAAUGUCAACUUUCUAACUCACUUACAGUACGAAAAAACAUUUUUUGGCGAAAAUAUAUGAUUUAAAAUAAAUUGACUUCACUUCACUUGUGAUAUUGUGGCAUUUUCCGACAUUAUAAACCCUUAGCCUGUAAAUACAGGUCAUUAAAAUGAUCAAUUAAAUGGAUAUAAAGUUAAA